AUGGAACACCAGAAGUCAAAGGGGCAUUUUCAAUGUGUCCGCUGUCAGCACGUAUCCCAGGGUGCCGCGGGCUGUUCCACUCCUCAGUGCCUCCCGAACGUACAGGUACAGCCUGUCGCACUGGCCGGCGCUCAGCCGUUCUAUUGCAGCGCUUGUGAUCGAAUCUUCGUGGACGCAACUGCGCUUAGACAACAUCUGCAAGAUAAAGUCCACGUGAAGCCGAAGGAGAAGGCUCUCAGGGACUGUAAGAAAUGCAACAAGAGCUUCUCUUCCACAACGGCACUCAGACAGCAUGAGCAGUCAACAUCCCACAAACCUCUAGCUGAAUUGCGCUGCGUUGCGGAAUCCUGCCGACUUACUUUCAACACCCCAUCUGCUUUGAUUCACCACCUGGAGAGCGGCCGUUGCCCGUCCGGCUGGUCACGUCAAACCGUCAACGCCAUACUACAUAAGUAUGACAAAGAUCGGAUCAUCACAACGCCUGUGAUGUUGCUGGACAUGUCGUUCAUAGGCGCAACCUUGAGCCCUUCGACUUCAAGUUUCAGCGAGAUCGUCUACACACCCACAGAAUGGAGCGAGAUUGACAGUGAUGGGGAGACGGAGCGUUCGCCUAUCGCACCGUCACCCCCAGGGGUUAACCAUGGUCCACUGCAGCAAAGAACCCUGUCCUGCACGAUUUGUUCUGCAAGCGGCAAAAAGAGAAUGUUCGCUGACCAAGUGGCUCUCGAAAUGCAUAUGUCCUCCGCAGCGCACGUUGGAAAGUCCUUCACGUGCCCCGUCGCCUUCACAAAAAAUGCUACGUCACCUACUGCUCGAACCAAGUCAUUCACGACCUUAAGCGGACUUACUCAGCAUCUCGAGAGUGGGCGGUGCCAAGGAGGGAAGACUACUUUAUGGAAGACAAUGGAUUACCUUCAAAGUGAAGUGUUCAGGUUUGAGUGGCCUGGCAGACUUCUGCGGGGCUAG